UACCCUCUUCAGUCUUCUCCCACUCGUCUCUCUCUACUGAUAUAUAUAUAUAUAUAUAUAUAUAUAUAUAUAUAUAUACACGCAGCUUCAUUCACACCCUGCUCUCUCUCCCACUCUCCGUGUCUCAUUUCAAUCUGCAGCAAUGGAGUACGAGGGAGUUCUAUUGGGUAUGGGCAAUCCACUACUGGACAUCUUGGCAGUCGUCGAUCAGGAGUUCUUGAACAAAUAUGACAUCAAGUUGAAUGAUGCAAUUCUUGCAGAGGACAAGCACACACCUAUGUAUGAUGAAAUGGCAUCCAAGUACAACGUUGAGUGCAUUGCUGGAGGUGCUACUCAAAAUUCAAUCAGAGUUACUCAGUGGAUGCUUCAAAUCCCUGGUGCAACCAGUUACAUGGGUUGCAUUGGAAAGGACAAGUUCGGGGAGGAGAUGAAGAAAAACUCAAAACUAGCUGGCGUUAAUGUUCACUAUUAUGAGGAUGAGUCUGCACCAACGGGUACUUGUGGUGUUUGUGUGGUGGGUGGUGAAAGGUCACUUGUUGCCAAUUUGUCAGCUGCAAAUUGCUACAAAAUUGAACAUUUGAAGAGACCAGAAAACUGGGCAUUAGUUGAGAAGGCCAAAUAUGUCUAUAUUGCUGGAUUUUUUCUCACUGUUUCCCCAGACUCCAUACAGCUCGUUGCCGAGCAUGCAGCUGCCAAAAACAAGGUCUUCAUGAUGAACCUUUCUGCUCCAUUUAUUUGUGAGUUCUUCAAGGAUGCACAAGAGAAAGUUUUGCCGUAUACGGACUUUGUUUUUGGAAAUGAGACUGAAGCAAGAACCUUCUCAAAGGUUCAUGGCUGGGAGACGGAGAAUGUUGAGGAGAUAGCUUUAAAAAUUUCCCAGUGGCCAAAGGCAUCUGGAACACACAAGAGGAUAACUGUGAUUACUCAGGGUGCAGAUCCAGUGGUUGUUGCUGAGGAUGGGAAGGUGAAACUGUUCCCUGUAAUACUGUUACCUAAAGAAAAACUCGUUGAUACUAAUGGAGCAGGGGAUGCAUUUGUGGGAGGAUUUUUGUCUCAGUUGGUUAAAGAGAAACCCAUUGAAGAUUGUGUGAGGGCUGGUUGUUAUGCAGCAAACGUCGUCAUCCAAAGGUCUGGCUGCACUUAUCCAGAGAAGCCUGAUUUUAAUUGAUCCAUUCUUUUUGGCUUCUCAUGGCGGCCCUAUCUCUAUGUUUUAAUUUUGAUUGUUGAGAAAACACAUUUCUGGUAUUUUAAUAUCUGUAUUUUACCGAUUCCUUGUCAUUCCCAUUUCUUGUGCGAACUAACUUUGUGACUACGUGUUUGGGGUCAACAAAGCACAUGCAUGGCUUCUUGUUAUAAUUGUGACUCCAACCUAUAAUAUAUAUACAGGCAUCCUCUCUUUAGUGGAGGAUUAGAAUGCAUUAUACCA